AAAAAUGGCAAGCCACCAAAAUCAGGAUUUGAGUCACAAGGCAGGCGAGUUGACUGGUCAAGCUCAGGUAAAAAAAGACGAGUUUCUAAACCAGGCAUCAUAUAUGUCUCAAUCUGUUCAGAAUAAGGCAUCAAAUGCAUCUCAGUCUGUCCAGAACAAGGCAUCAAAUGCAUCUCAAUCUACCCAGAACAAGGCAUCAAAUGCAUCUCAGUCUGCCCAGAACAAGGCAUCAGAUGCAUCUCACACUGCCCAAGACAUCAAGGACCAAGCCACCCAUCUCCUUCAACAGACAAGUGAGCAAGUGAAAAACAUGGCUCAAGGAGCAGCUGAAACGGUUAAGAGCACUUUGGGAAUGAACAAUCCAAACGACCCAAACAGUAACCCAAGCAACGCAAACAUGAACCCAAGCAUCAACCCAAUCAACCCAAGCAAGCCAAGCAUUAACCCAAACAACCCAAGGAUUUGAAGUGCUUUCUUCAAUAAUGCUAGCUUUGCCUCACUCGCAUCAAAAGUUUCGAUGAUGUGGUGUCAUGGCAAUUAGCCCUCCGCUGUUGAAAUGGCUAUGUACAUCAUCAGGCACCAUUUAAUCUGUUUGAUCUCUAAC